AUGCCAGCCCCGGAAGAGCAAGGCAGGGGCGAUUUCUUCGAGACGUAUCUACAAAAACCUUCUGAAAAAUGCUUCAGCCAGGAAGAAGCUCCUCCGAUGAAGUCCACCAGAUUCGACAAGCGAUCCACCGGCAGCACCGAGGCUGUUGAGUUUCGUGGCGGAGCUUGUUCUUCCAAACGGUUUUGGAGGCGUCGCUCCCCCGUCGUCACAGAAGUCGCCGAAGUCGAGGAGGUGUCGGAUGUGUCGGAGGCUCAGUUCCCAGCUCAUCCGAGCUCCGAGAUCUCCCAAGGGCAGAGGGACGUGGGGGGUUCGGAAUCGGCUGAGUCGCCGUUUUACUUCCCGACUGAGCAUGCGAGUGACAACACGAACUUUCACAAAAGCCCAUCAGCAAUGAUUUCGACAAUGGAAGAAGGGCGCACAGCGCUCAUGGCGGUGGACCUGGAAGAAGGUCCCUCUGUCCACUCACAGAUCCGCAACCUCUUCGGGAAUGGUGAGCGGGUCGAUCCCAAGACAUGGGUGGCUUUUGCUGAGAAGCUGCAGCAUUCUGGGCAAUCUCAGCCGAUGGCCGGCCAUUUGGAUGCGGAGGACCAUGAAAGAAAGAAGGCGCAGAAGGCUGCCGACGACGAGCACGUCCACUUUCUCAGUGACUCGCGAAUUCUGCAGGUGCUUCGUGACCAACCGACCACACCCUCUACGGCGAGGAUCAGAGAUGCAAGGAGGCCAACGCAGCGCAGAGCGAUGUCAGCCGCUUUCACCGAUCGUGGUGUCCGUCUGCGGGAAGGCCAAGCCGCCCAAGCGAUCUUUAACUACCAGAGUCGCAGCUACGAGGACGGGUGGGGCGUGUCAACCUACCAGCCUCUGGAGCAGCAUCCAGCAGGUCAGCCGACACACGCCUGCACUCACAACGUCGUGGCGGACCCACUCGCUCCUAGUAAUCAUUUCUACGGGCAGGCGGAUAGCCCUGGUGUCCGAAAGGCAUUUGAGUAUGCUCAAGGCUGCGCUCAUGAUCACGAGAUACUCUUCCAGCAGAGUAUGAAGCGCAAGGGCAGGGUGAGCAAAGAAACGUUGGAGCAGUGGAAAGCUGCGAAGAGGACCGGACGAGCAGCCGAGGGUGGUAUCAGGAAGUCGCCAGAGGGUGGAAACCCUACUCUGCUUCGCUCCGGCGCGUCGUAUGUGCUUAAUCCCCGAGAUGAGGAUCCUCCGCAUCCACAUGAUCGGUUAUUCAAAGAGAGGAAGGCAAGAGGUGAGUUCCGGUAUGGCUAUUCCUCCGAAUCCCAUCGGCAAGCCAUCAACUGGAAUCAAGAUCUCUACAGGUUCGAAGUACUGUCCUACGGCGGUGAAGGUUGCCGUGCGUUGUACCGUGCAACGUCAUGCCCGCAUAAGCCAAGCAGUGCCGGCCGAAAUCCGAUCACGGGCCAGAUUCAGGAUGAGAAUCGGACGCCAAGGCGGCCAACGGAGCACACGCAGAAAGCAAGGGAGAAAGCGGGCAAAGGCGUCAAGACCUUGACAAAUCACCAGGACCUUGAAGCUGAGGCUCGUCAAACUCGUGAAAGCCGCCUGAAUACCGACGCGUCAUUUGCCAACCUCUGCAAAGCUGGAGCCGAACUUGGUGCUCAGCGAUUGGCAGAGGUGUCUAAGAUCAAGGCCACACAGUUUAGAGGCCUUUCGGUCAAUGUUGCAAAUGCACUCAAGUGGGAUGAUUGA